UGCAUUGAAUAAUAAUCGGACAAUGACAGAUUAUUUGGAUACACAAAUGAAUCCUAACCAACAAUAUGCACUGGACCCAUCCCUGCAUAUGUCUCAGAAUCAAUCGCAGUGUGACAGAUUUUUGUACAACCCAUACAUAGUCCCAAGUCUCUUCUUUCUGAUGUUCCCAAUAGCCUUGUUGUUGAAUGUUGUAGCAGCAUGGGUGUCUGUACAUCUAAAGUCUACCUCCACUUUUGUGGUAUACCUGAAAAAUCUAGUAGCUGCUGACAUAAUUAUGACCCUCAUGAUACCAAUCAAAGCUGCAGGGGACUUACCUGACACAUGGGAACAAUUAUCUGGACCAACCUGCCGUUUUUUUGCUGUGAUUUUCUACAAUGCACAGUACACAUGUAUCGCUCUGUUGGGAUUAAUUAGUCUCGAACGUUUCUUUAAGAUCAUGAUGCCGCACAGCAGGCUCUCUGGGCAAAGUCUGACGAUGAGCAAAGUGGUAUCUGCCACAGUCUGGUUGGUUCUUUUUAUAGGUACAGGUUUGCCGAAUAUCAUUCUUACAAACAAAACAUUAAACAAUACAUCAGUUAUCACUACAUGCAUGGUUCUGAAAGGACCAGCAGGAGUAGCAUUCCAUGAAGCAACAUCCCUCCUCAUGAAUAUAUUCUUUUGGUUUGUUAGUGUGGUCAUCGUAGUUUGCUACAUCUGCAUCGCAAACAGAGUCAUCCAGUCCUACAGGAACUCCGGUAGUAAUAACAGCCAGGGAAAGCAGAAAAUCAAACUACGUGUUUUUCUUGUCAUUAUAGUGUUUUUCAUCUCAUUUGCUCCAUACCACAUCAUUAGGAUCCCAUACACUUCCCAGCAAGUCAGCUACUCUUCCACAGACUGCUUUCAGACAUAUGAUCAUUUACAAUUUGCCAAGGAACUGACCCACUGGCUCGCUACCACCAAUAUCUGCAUGGACCCACUGCUCUAUGUCUUCCUUUGUCGAGAGUUCAAGGAGAAACUAAUGUCAAUGACAAAAAAAUGGGUUGAUAUCUUUCAAAGUGACAAAAAAGCCAAAAAUCCAAAAGUCUUGACCUCAUUAAAGAUGUAGUCAAAUAUGUGUCUGCACCACUGACUUGUUUUACAUUGGUCUAAAAGAGAAGGAAAUAGGAGCAGCUUAUGAAACUUCAGUUUUUGGCUUAUUUAUUAUGAGGAGUUCUGCACUGUUACAUACAGUGAAUCUUUGAUAGGAGGGGGAAAAUCUACAUUAAAAAAAUGCCCAUUUUAUAUGUUCUAAUAAACAACCCACAAUUUUGAGAGCUUUAAGUCUAGUAACGUGUUUGAUGUCCAUGCAUUCUAGAUGUCAAGUGCAUGUCAGAGCUAUUUUGGACAUCAUUAGAACUGUAAACACUUUGAAUUUAAUGUUUGGAGCUGACUACACAGUGUAACUGUACACUAACAUAAAUGGCAUAUGGUGUAAGUCAAAAUAACCUGUUGAUGCACUUGUGGUUGCGAUUCCUCUGUUACGUUUGGUUGAAAUCACUGGAAAGUUGUUUUAAAUUCUGUCAAAAUCAACUAAAUAUAUUACAGUUAUUAUAUAUACCAAUAUAACCAGUAUAUGAAUUAUAUUACAUGGUCAAAUUAUAAAAUGCUGAUUUAAUGAGAAAAUUGAUCUGAUUUCACCAGUCUAAGUUGGGUGAAUCUUCAUUGGAUAAGACAAAGGGUCUGUAGAAGUUAUCAUGUUAUAAUAUCUCUGUUUCACUGUUUCCUUUUCAUAAAUUAGCUAGCAGAGAUUUUAAUUUGCUGUACAUAAAGCAUCCCUAAGUUGCAACAUUCAUUUAGCCUGGCUUAGCUGGAGAUAAAAUCACAUGUGCUUCAUCACCAGAGGGUUAGAAAAACAAUAUUAGAGCUUUUUUUAAUCUAAAGCAUGUUUUCAUAAGCCAUUGAAACACAAGACAGAUUUGCAGCAAUGUAAUAAGUAAUUUACUUCACCUUGAAUAGAAAUAGUACAUUAACUUAAGUAUAAAUGCAGUUUGUAUGUCAUAUCAGGUUAGUUGUUUGUCAUGUUUAUGUAAUUCUAUAUUUUACAACAUUUUCUUGUUUGAGAUUUCAAAGUGAACUGUUUUUUUCUUUUAAUACACAAUGUUUUUUGCAUGGUUUACUGCAAGAUGUAACGGUUGUGUGCAAUAUGACUUCUGCUUUGGCUUCACUGAAUUGAAAACUUUUUCUUUUAAAGCUAUAUAUAUCAUAUAAGCAUGGUGGA